AUGGACGCCAUGGACGCCAUGGAUGCAACAAUGCUGAAGGUCGACCGACUUGUCGACGGGAUGCAUGGUGAAGAUCCUGGAGGAGCACGCUUGUAUAUGUCCCAAAUACGAGAAAGCGAGACGCUGUCAAUGCUAGAGUGCUUUGAGGACAUGCUCUCUGGAAAGCUUCCCGUGGCGCCACCGUCAUCCUCCCGGUGCCCUACCCCCCUUAAUAUUGCCAGCGGUGGCAGUAUGGCGUACCGUGUGCCCCCGAGCGAGUUCCUCAAGGUGUUGGUGGAGGGGAAUACGACACGUGUUGGUGCUCUGCAUGCUGUGAUGCAGGCAAUAGGGAGAGGAGAUCUUCAAGGACGAGCUGCUUCUCUGUGCAUCUCCGAAGUGCGCAUGUGUUUGUCGGCCUGCGCCAACAUGACCGGAGUAGCGAACGGCGAUCGAGGGAGCACCAACCCCGUUCACCGACGCAUGCCCCUGGCACAGCUACGAGAGUUAGCUGGCGUUUGUCUCUCCUUUUCGAUGGACAUCCACUCGGCUACCGCAAGCGGACGCCCGGCACCUGGAGUGUACGCCGGCGGCCGAAGAGGUGCGGAGGACGCCAAUAACCGGCGCGUUCUGAUGCUUCAGGCCUUCCCGGCAGUGCUAGGAGCUUGUUGCGCAGUCGCCGCGGCAGAGGAGGAGGAGGAGGAGGAGGAGGAGGAGGAUGACGACGACGACGACGAAGACGAAGACAACGAUAGUAGCGAGGCUGAUAGUGACCAUGGAGACGACGGCGAGGACCAGUCCACAGUUGAAAGAGGUGGUGGGAAGCGUGGUGGUGCCGCCGCUGCUGCUGCCCGGAAAAUGCGAAAAGGAAAGGGGAAAUCGGUCGGGACCAAUGAAGACGAACGUCGUCGCAGUAGCGUUGGGGACCAUGUUGGCGACGGACUGUCGACGGGGGUUCGAGGACGUUCUCGUAGUGGCAAAGUGAUCAGUAACGGUCGUGGCGCCAGUGGCGGUGGCUGGAGCGAGGGCGGGCUGCCGCAGCGAGGAGAGGCAAUCCUGUGGGAUGUCACUGACGCUCUCCUAGACCGACCGUGGCCCUUGAGGCUGGCAUUGCCACUCUUGGUCAUGUUCGAGGAAAUAUUCGGCCUCGUGGAAUUGCUUGAGCGCCGAGGCUGUGAGGCUAGGCACCAAGCGCAAGAAAGCGGGGGUGGGGCAGUACCAGGAAAGGAGAGCGUGUGGACGAGGGUGCGCUCCAGACUGAUGGAAUUAGUGUGGAUGGGAGGCUUGGACGGGGCUGAUUUCACUGGCGUCAUUCGGCAGGUGUGCGUUCUCUGUGAUACUGAUGAUCGCCGAAACUACGAGCACGACACUCGACACUCCUCUCCCCCCCUUCGUGAGGAAGUAUCGGGGUGCGAUGUCGCACCUGGGGCGGCGACCUCCCACGAGCCUCAGGAAAGGUUGUUGCCGAAAAAUGGGCACAGCGAGCGGACAGAGAUGCGAGAUGGCGUAGACGGGGUACGGAAGGCGCGGAGAGGCGAGCAGACAAGGGUUUCCAGCAGGGGUGGGGGCUGGAUAUCGUGCUUGCGACAGCUGUACGCGGCGGUGCCGCCAGAGUGGGUCUCAACUGUCGAGUUAGUGCUAGAGCAAACGCUGCACCAGAUGCCUGGGGUGGCGGAGAGUCUGCUCGAUGCGAUCCAGGAUACGAGCAGUAGUAGUGUGAACACCGGCGAGGCUGACUACGGUGUCAUGACCGGUGCUGGAUUGGGGUCUUCCCAAGCGGAAAGGCUGCGCAGUGGGAACGGGUCGUCGUCUUCGCCAACUGGCACAGGGCUCGCAAGAAGCACACCGACAUCGAUAAGCCACGACCUUGCGCUUUUGAUUCUUCUGCUUAGGGAGGCGAGUCCGCUUCGCGCGUGUUCCCUGCCUUUGUUGCCGGUCGGCGUCGAUAGGGGCCGCCGCGCCGAAGAGGGGGUCCGCAGCCUGCUUCUUCAUGCUGCCCGAAGCGGAUUUGAUGGACGUGCUGCUGUGAUCAGCAGAAGCAGUGGAAACAAUCAAAUGAACGAGUACCGAGGGCGCGAGGGCGCCCUUGAUAGUACCCGGGCUCUCCUGCGCGCGGUGUUGUGCUCAGAGCCCGGCUGUAAGGGAAGUGGCAGCAGCAGCGGUGGUGGCGGCGAGCACCGUGGGCGAGGGGCCGGCAGUGGUUCUUCCGGCGGGGUGUUCAGAAACGGGGGCGAGAGCAGCGGAGUAGUGUCCGAGCGCGCGUCACAGUUGCUGGAGCUGGCUCUGCGAUGGUUAGAGGAAGGAGAUGGAGGUUCUGGGGGCGAUGGCAGCGUCGCCUUCGAUACAGAAGGCGUUGGGACGGAGCUCAACAUCCAAGAUAUUGCCUCUGAGACAAUCUCGGCAGUGUUCGACGCCGUAGUGGAGGCCAGACCGAGGCUUCUCAGGGCUCUGUUGAGCGGGAUUUACGACCAGAGCCAGGGUGGGGCGGCGUGCGCGUGGAACUAUAUGAGGGCAUGGGAAGCGUUGAUGGCGCAGGAGACGGGGCGGGAGUGUCGAAGGCUGGUGCCGCACUCUCAGUGCGUGUCCGACGCGCUUGGGCAACUGACUCUGCUGCCGCGAGGGAGGGCGCGAAGGGUUGUGGAGUCGAUGCUCCCGCUCGCGGACGUGUGCCCCACUCAAGCCUCGGCAAUGAUAAGCCUGUGCCGGAAGUGCUCCGUGCAGGGGGAAAGCAAGGGACGUCUGCUGACGCUUCACGCCGUGACCUGCAUUCUUGCCUGGAAUGCCCGCCGGGGGCACACCGGCCGGAAUGGCGGAUGUCUGGACCAGGAAGGCAUGCAAGAAGAUCUGGUGGGGAUGUUUCGCAGGGCCUUCGAGGGCGGCUUGCAAACUGUCGCUCGGGCCGACGCCCUCCAUCUUCUCGCCACAAAGCUCGCAACAUCAGUUGCGGGCGCGAUCACACAAGGGACACAAUACAACAGGGCGCAGCUACUAUCAGCGAUGCCUUGUCAGAUGCCGCAACAGUCUCACGCGCGUGCGACAAUUCAUGUGGACCCGCCACCAGCCAUCGACCGGACUGCCCUGAACGGUCUCCGGGCGUUUCUGUCGAUGCGUCUUUUUCGAUUCUUCGCUCACAAAGACGAAGUGCUGAGUGCCGACUCGAACGCCGACGGUGGGGGCGACAACUCAGGCGGGCCUGCUCCUUCGGGCGGCUACGACGCUGAUAGCCUUAGCCGAAGAAAAGGAAAGCACAAAGCGCGCCGGCGGCGGGGCGGGCGCUUUCAGCUGGUCCCCCUGCGACUGCUGGAAGAACGCGGAGCAUCCGGUGGAGGUCACAGCUUCGGGGGCAAGAGUAGCAGAGGCAAGGGGCCUGGUAUCGUGCGAAACGGUCGCGGGCGAGGGGUGGUCCCGCGAGACGCAAUCGGCCAGUUACUCAAGUGCUGCUGGGCGCUAGUUCCAGCUGGCGGGCCGACGGGGACAGACGUGCCGGACGACGGCGCUCACGGGACGAUCAUGCCUGUCCCGGAGAAGAGGGCAGAGGCGGAGGCAAUAGCAAGAAUGUUGUUGGGGGCAGGGAGUAGAAGAAGGAGCGAAGGAGGGGGGCGAGAGCGAGGAGGCAGGCCUUCCGUCGGGCGGGUCAGUGUCGACACUCGAGAGGGGGAGGCGUUGGUGGCUGUGGUGGAAUUCUUGCAGGGAGGAGGGACUAUGGAGACGCUCCGAAUGGUGACCCCGUCCAACCAACAAACGCCCGACCAACAAGAAGCCGACGACGACGUCAUAGAGCCACCAGCUCCCGCUCCUCCCGCGUGCCACCCGGGUGUGGUGAGCCCCCUGACAACUCUAGGCGUUGUGGUGACUCUUGCGGAAGCACUGGCGGACUGCCUCCUCACCGGAAUCUCGUGUCCACGGGCGAUUCAUUUCUCGCGAAAAGCUUCCCGCUGCGAAGUGUCCCGAGUCGAACCUGCCGACGGCCACCACGUUGGCGACGGCGGUGACGGCGGUCCGACAUCAGGGAAGCCCGAAGCACCUCUGGUUCUGUGGGCUAUCGCAGAUGUUUUUACUCUGCUUGCAGCGGCCACGCGUGUGGCAGACGGCAUCGCAGCGCCGUUGGGGGGACUAUCGAAGCAGCCGCAGACACGGGCCCCUGAGGGCCUUUCGGAGAUAAUUUCCUCCCUUCCGGCUGAGACCCUAGGUUUAUCGCGAGGCUCCGAGCUGAACGCGACGGUGGUGGGGGUGGAAGAAGGUGACGAUAGCGAUAGCGGCGGCGCGAUGGGGGAAAGAGGUGGUGCUACCAGCAGGCGGAGGGGAGGGGGAGGAGGGGAAGACGCAUCGGGACAGAGCUCUCUGCUGUCUGCGACGUCCGCCCUUGUCUUUGUCAGGGAGUUUUUGGGCUGGGCCGAGAAAGAGAAGGGCAAGAGCCCGGCGGCGCUCGUGGCGGAAGGAUGGGAUGGUGGCAUUGGCGUGUGGCUCGGGCUUGUUCACUCGGUGCAGACAUUAUCGCGGGCGUUGAAAACAACUAGGGGUAAUUGCAGUCGAGAUGGGGCCGGGGGAGUCUCAGUUGGAGGGGCGGCGACCCAGAACAGUGACCCGUGUGCUGAGGCAAUAGCUCUAGCCGUAUUCCAGCUUCGAACAGUGGUGGGCACGCCGUCGGCAGCAGUCAGUGUUGUAGACCCGUCGGCUGAGGCCUCCAAGACGACCGUUUCCUCCGACGAGCGUUCGGCCGGCGCGGCAUCUCCGUCGGUAGGACACGGCACCGCAAGAGGCACGCAUGAAACCGACUCGCCCAUCAUGCACCAAACAUCACGCCGCCCCCCGCCGGGCAAGAUGAUAACGGGUUUCCUGACGAAGAUGAGUAUGAGGUGGAAAACGGCUUUGCCCUGGGGCCUGCCGAGCGUCGCACCCCCCCGCCGAACUUCCCGAAGGCUCGAGCGUAGGAGCCACCGUCGAGGCGGCGGUGACGGCGGCUGCGGUGGGCACGCUGUCGCCGGAGGCGUAAAGGCGGAGGCGGAAGACCUCUUCUUCGCCCUGCAAGCCGAGUUGCUACGCUCCGAGCGUUUGGUGCUGUCCAUCCUACUAGUAGGCCCGAACGCCAGCCUAGCCCAACGGGGCUGGACGAUGCGAGCUGCGCUUGCCUCGGCAUGCCCUCGCCAGCUUGCAGAGAACGUGGAGGAAUGGCGAUCACCACCCCCCGGCACUUCAGCGGCUUCAAGUGCUGCUACUAAAUGUGCGCCCGACCGGCCACGCGCGUUUUCCAGGAGAGAGGAGCCACCGGAGUCAGGCUCUGGUCCUGCACGAGGUGCGGCGAGUUCUAACGGGAGGGUCGUGAGGGCUACCCUUCGAAAGAGCGCGACACUGGCUGGCGGUCGAAACGGUAGCGAUGCCGCGGCAACGGAGCAAGAGUUUGGAGGGAAGUUGGGCCGGGCCAGCAAUAUGGGAGUGGGAGGACGAAGAGGGCUGGUAGGGGCUAAAGGAGUGCGCGAGGGUGGUGAGGGGGGAGACAAAUGGAAUGGGCUCGGGGGCUUGUGCCGACUCGCAGCAGCGGAGAUGCGAGAAGGCUUGGAAACCGGGCUGUCUGUGAAGCUCUCGCACGCCUACCUGGAUCUCAUAGAGCUCCUGGGCAGUGCUGCAUUGGAGCACCGGUCUUGCGCUCGGCGAACACCCAAACCGAACGCCGCCGCCGGUCCUGCCGAGACAAGCGCCGCUGACAGGAGUUCGGAGCAGGGCUCUGCUGGUGCAUGUUGGGGCCAGGCCGAUGACGCCAUGAACACCGGUGACGGGAACAAGGAAGAUGCGGGAGGCGUCUUACUUUCCAUCGUCACAUGCCACACCGUCAGCCAGUCCAAGCUCUUCAACAGGUUGGUCCGCGGCGCCGUCCGAUUGGACGGCAUCGGCAUCAGUCACCACCCCCAGCCGCCCAGGAGAACCGCCGCGGCUUCGCUAGCAGAGCUACGGGCGCGGGAUCGGGAGAUCUCAUGUGUAGCGAACCACCCCGAUGGCGGUCAAGGCGGUGGCGGGGCAGGCUGCAACGGAGCAAACAGGGUGGAGGGGUUGCGAGCGGUUGCAGUGUCUCCGCCUUCUUUGGAGCGGAGCACUCGCUUGUUGGUUCACUGCGUGCGCUGGAUCCGCGCACGCCACGGAAACAAGCGCGGUCGAACGGCGAUACUGCUGUCCGAGGAGGACGGGAGCGAGUCAAGCGAGGAAGAAGGCGUCGGAGACGGUGGCGGGGACCGGGAUAGGGACCUGCCGGACGCGGAGCAUGCUUCUGGCAAGGGGAAAGGGCUUAGCGACUUGCGCGCCCGCGAUGGGCGGCAAAGCCGGUACAGCUUGUGCCCGGAAAAGGUUAAGUUCGCCUCCUCUCGGGAGUGCUUCGCCGCAAUGCGCACGGCGUUGGUGGAAUGCGAGACCUCGCUGUCCUCGGUCGGUGGGGUAGAUGUUGGUGGCGGCGGCGGGGCUAGCAGCACCGGCAACUUGGCCGACGUUUUGGCGACGGUUGCCUUCUGCCUGCGAGAGUUCUUCACGCCGGGAUCAACUUCGACGAGGCUCUUGCUGAUGCGUGUGCUCGAGCGAGUGUUCCUGGUAGGCAAGGGCGCACUUGCGUCCGCUUCGGCGACUCUGGCGAAACCUUCUUCCACGGCUACUGCAACCGUUGUGGCCGUACGUGCGGCACCACCAGCACCUCCACCGCUUUCACCGCCCCCUUCCUCGCCGCUGCCCAAGCGACGCCGCCAGCAACAUGCGGCAACAGUAGAAAACGGGAAACCAGGCGAUCAAGCGGGGGGUGCGCCGUGCAGAACGCCCGCCAAAUGCGGCGGAACCAACUCUACCGAGCGCAGCGGUGGUUCGAGGGCGGCCAAGGACGGGGACUCCGGGUCGGGCAGGCGUCCUCCGCAGUCAAGAUCGGUGUCCUCUAGCUCAGGUCGUCAGGGCAAGGGGGCGUCACAGGGGAACGGGAGAGCUGGGUCGGAUGCUGCGGCCGCCGCUCACUCAGAAUUGUCUAGGCUCGGGCAGGAAAGCGGGAUGACGAAGGCACCGGAGGGGGCGCUUGAUGCUGUGCUCGCGCCCGUCUUGCCGGCGGUGGCGCUCGCGUCGGGGGAUUGCUUGCGGUUGAUGCUGGCGGCGAGGACAUGGGCUGAGGCGCUACGAUUGAAGAGUCGAAGGGGGGGCGAUGACCCGUGCCGGAAGAGGGCCUCAACAAUGCUCUUCAAAAUCGAACGCUGCGAGCUAGAGAUCGGGACGGCGGCGCACAAGACUCGCCAAUUCCUAGAGCACUUCCAAGACGGUGAGAAGAACAGUGCGGUUAAAGCUGAGACCCGAAGUGGCGGCGUCAGGGGCGCAACAAGAAAACGCGCACGUGGUGGUUGUGACAAGGACGGUGGCGGCGGCGACCCGGCGAAAGCGAAGAAGCUUGAGCCGGGAGGAAGCACGACCAUUAGUUGCGACGAGAACCUGGAGAGCGCCCUGCGGCUACUGCUGGCCGGUGCCGACACCGUUGCGGCGUGGCGGCGCGACUCUGCUGCAAAGGAAAAGAGCAGGGCUGCACGUCCGACGCAUGGCGGCAAAAGAGGCCAAGCGCGCCGAGAACGGCAGCAGGGGCUAGGGCCGGGGGCGGAACACGAGGAGGGAGACGAGGAGGAGGCAGGGGGCCGGAGCAACAGUGUUAGACACCGGUUCACCGGAGCAUCGGGAAAGAGAAGGAGAUCUAGGCGCGCGCGGGUUAGGAGCCGCAACGUGGUGAUCGAUGGGUGGUUGGAGGAGGGGGGUGAGGAAGGAGGUAACCGGGACGACGCUUUCGUUGAUUUGGAAGACUUCAUCGAGGCUUGAUCACUCACCUGCGAAUGACGCCUUUUGUUCGCAGGCUAUCGGAAGGGAUUACUCAGAAUAUUACGAAAAACUGUGUUGAUAUUUAUAGUGUGCAUUCAUUGCAACAGACUUG